AUGGAGGUGACAUGGGCGCCCUCAGACAGCCCCUCCUACAGGGCCUUCUUUGACGCUGCCCGGCACGGCACCGUCGAGCAGAUGAGAGCGGCCCUGACCAGCGAGAUCGAUAUCAAUGCUCUGGAGGGCGAUGGCUUCGAGGGCAUGGCCGCGCUGCACCUCGCCUGCUUCCACAAUGGCGACGUAGAGGUCGUCAGGUUCCUGCUCGACCACGGCGCAGAGGUCAACAUCCUCGACCGGGACCGGGCUGGGAACUCCUAUCCGCUGCACUGGGCGGCCAACAAGGACCGCGCAGACAUCGUCAGGCUGCUGCUGGAGAGGGGCGCGGAGAAGAGCAGGAAGGGCUUCGACGGGAGGAACGCGCUGGGCAUGGUUCUAUACUACUCCCUUUCUCCGCGCAAGGUCCAGCCAAAGCAGAUGGAGACGAUACAGGUGCUUCUCGAUCACGGCUUCAGUGUGGAUGAGUCUGGCAUGCUAUUCGAGGCAGUCCUGUCACGCGACCAGUAUCUCAUCAAGUUCCUCCUCGACCACGGAGGCUCUAUAAACCCGGCAAACCCCAAGGACCCCUCCCUUCUCGGACAUGCUGCCGGAUUCACGGACUACCAGACAGUCAAGUUUCUCCUCGACAAUGGAGCGGUGCUGGAUAACCCUGCAGACGGAAGCCCCAGCUCAGUCCUGGUGAGCGCGGCUUCGACAGGCAACCUGUCCGUCGUCAAGCUGCUGCUGGAGAGAGCGGACCCGGAGAUCAUCAGGAAAUCCAGCAGGGCCAUCAGUGCGGCCGCAGCGUCCGGACACCUCAAGGUCGUGGAGAUGCUGCUGGCUUCCAACAUGAGUAUCGACGAUAAAAGCACAGUCGGAUACCAAUCCCCGCUUCAUGCGGCCUGCUUCACCAACGAACCCUCUCCGGAACUCGUUAAAUUCCUGCUCAGUCAAGGUGCGGAUGUAAACUCCCUCGACGACAGACUGAAUACCCCAUUGCAUCUACAUGUGUCCACAUAUCAACCGGAUGAAAAAGUGGUCAGGCUCCUGCUAGACGCCGGAGCUGACCUGGGAGCUCGAAACACCAACGGCGAGACUCCCUUGCUAAGGGCAGUGUCCGCCCUACACUGUCACUACCAACCAGGAAACCCCCACGACAGCCGGGGAAGUGCAUUCGUGGUUCUCCUCAGACGGCUCCUCAAGGCUGGAUCCGAUAUUAGGGCCGUAGACCACCUCAACCAAACCGCUCUGCACAUCUUGGCUGUAAACUCGCCCGCCUGCACACCUGGAGAGUGCCCUGAACGCGCCGCCCAGGUCCUUCUUGACAUGGGCGUCGAAGUUGACGCGCUCGACAUAAAAGGGCGCACCGCAAUCGAUAUAUUACAGGAAAAACACACCAUAGAAUCCCGGCUGAUUCUCCACACCAUCGAGAAUUUUAAACUAAACAUAUCUACAAAAUAA